GACACAUUUUCUCUUUCUUCAUAGCGACGGGCGAAAAUAGGUCGAGACCACCAGACUGAGAUUAUGCAAUCCCAGGAGGCGUCGGACGACUUGCGCACAUAUCUUCAAUCACGAGGUCGACGGAGUUUGAGUACCGAGGUUACCUCCGCAUCACAUUCUAGGAGUUGUUUAAUUUAUUGUUAUUGUUUGUAAGCUAUCUAAGUUACGCAUGUCACGUACAAGGGGGUACAAUAAGCUAAGAUUUUUGGUACACCUCUCAUGUUGGACGCAACAACCUCCUCAAAGUCUAGACCUGCCGCCAGGUUCUGCGUAGAACUCGAUGUCACCAAGGAACUUCUGGCGAAGUUCUUCUUGGACAACGGUGGGAAAGGGCUGUGGCAGCAAGUCACGUACGAACAACUGCCCCAGUAUUGCAUUGAUUGUCACAAGUCAAGCCAUACAGCUAGGGAAUGUGCCAAGGCCAAGGGCAAAACUCCAAUUCCUCUAGCUAAGCCCCCCACUACAACUCCCCAAACAGCUUGUAGGGCAAGAUGGCGAAAACAACAUAUUCACUCCAUCCUCAACAAACACGGCAACCUAAUCUCCAAUGAGAAAGAGACUCCCUUCCCGCGAAGAGAUCAAAAAUGCAGUUUGGCUAUUGGACCCAAACAGUUGUGCUGGCCCAUGUUGGAAUGCAUGAGUUCAACACUUUCUGUGUUGUUAAGUGUUGACUCACAGACUCACAACCCUUCUACCAAGCAUCAUCUCCUUGCAAGAGAACUCAUUCACCUUAUUGAUCGUAAAACCGAAGGAGGGAACCUAGCCCUAAAGCUUGACAUCACAAAAGCCUUUGACACUAUCUCCUGGGAUUAUAUCUCGCAAUGCCUACUCAGAUUUGGAUUCAACCAAAAUUUCACCACCCUAGUAAUGAACUCCAUCCAACACGGCGUUAUCUCCACCCUGGUGAAUGGAAGCCCAUCCAAACCUUUCAACCCCAGGAGAGGUGUUAGGCAGGGUGACCCACUGUCCCUAUACAUUUUUAUCAUUGCAAUGGAAGGACUCACACGCUCCCUUAACAAGCUGGUUUCCACAGGCCACCUCAAAGGCUUUAACACAGGUAGAAUUCAGACGGUCAAUCACCUAUCAUAUGCAGAUGAUGUGCUCAUAUUUACUAAUGGCUCCCUUCACAACCUCAAGAAGUUAAAAACCUUCCUUAACUCCUUCGAAGAAUCAACUGGACUUCACCUCAACCUCACAAAAAGCCAGAUCAUCUUGCCAAAGCCAUCCUCCAACCAUGCAAAACGCCAAAAAGAUUGCUUGGGCAUGAAAGUGGCAUCACUGCCAGUAACCUACCUUGGCACUCCCAUCUACAAGGGUAUAAACAGGCUGAAACACUGCCAAGAUCUCCUUCAUAAGAUUGAUAACAAGCUCUCCAGCUGGAAAAUGCACACCUUAUCACAAGCUGGGAGGCUCACUCUCAUCAAAUAUGUUCUCUCCACCCUUCCUUUACACACCAUGUCCUCCUCCAAACUUCCUGAGGGAGUCCUCACUUUGAUUGAGUGCAAACUAUGCCACUUCUUUUGGGCGAAAACAGACGACAAUGUCAACCAUGCAUGGAUUUCCUGGAAAAAAAUAUGCAUGCCUACGACUGAAGGGGGUCUUGGGAUCCCUAACCUUCACACUCUUCAACAAUCACUGGGAUGCAAGCUCUGGUCGAAGUAUCAUUUCACCUUCUCCCCGUGGGUAACUUUUCUCAAACAGAGCUACCAUCGCACUGGAAAUUUUACAACAACCCUUAUUGAUAGCCCAAUUUGGAAAAGGAUAUGCCAAGCGAAUGACUUCUGCGUUGCAAACUCCACCAUCAACAAUGGCUGUCUUGAAUGGGACAUUGGAGACAAUGUCUCGUUCUCUCUCAAAGAGGUUACUGCAAAACUUCAUAACCCAGAGCCUUCAUUACUCACAGCGAGCAUCCCUUGGCCUAAGAAAAGCAUCCCAAAAGCAAGCCUUUUCCUCUGGAGAACCCUAAAUGGAGCCACCCCCUAUGCCAAUAACCUUGAAAAAUUAGGUUACAAUCUCCCCUCUAUGUGCCUCAUGUGUGAACACGCUCUGGAAACUGACCUACACUGCCUCAUACAGUGUCCAAAAGCUUCCACUAUCUGGAACACCUUGGGAGAAAUGUUGCACAUGCCCGAAAUUACUCACUCCUCCUUUCAACACAACCUCAUCAUGUGGUGGCUCUCCUCAACCCCGGCUGACCCCCUCUUUCAUCUUAAACAAAACAUACCAAGCAUCAUCACCUGGGAGCUGUGGAAAACCUACAACCGGAUCAAAUUUGAUAAUGGCCACUUCCUCCUUGGAAAAACCCUUGAGAUCAUCAAACACACAUUGAAUGCAUGGUCUUUUGCUCGCAAAGGAAUCCCCAUGCCUCAAACUCUCAGAAGAAUCCCUUCCAAACCAUACAAACUCGUACGCUGGAUUCCUCCCAACCGCUACCAAUACAAGCUCAACGUAGAUGGUAGCAUGACCAGUAACAACUGUGGAGGAGGAGCUAUUCUAAGAGAUCACCAAGGAAACUUUCUCCAUGCAAUCGCCUUCCCACUCCCUUUCACCUCCCCCACAACCACAGAAACUCUUGCAAUGGCUCAGGCCCUAAGCAUCUACACCCUCCAAAAUAUGAUCGUGGAAACCGAUAGCAUGGAACUCAUCAACAACGUACGUGGUAGCACCAACUCUAAUGCUCUCACCUCCAUCCGGUUCAGCCUCCAGGCGUCCAACCAUCAUCUCACUCACACCCUCAGAGAAGCCAACGGGGCAGCUGAUCUUCUGCAAAGCUCGGCUCAACUUGCUUGCAACUUUGUUGGUUGCUUGCCACCUGAAGAUUCGGAUGGUCUGUUUCUGUGUGAGGGGGUAUUCAAGAUUUCAAAUGCUAUGAUUCCUGGUGCGAUUUGCUUUUGUGGAUUGCUGUUUCUUGCUGAAGCCGGUUUGACCAUCAUCCCAGGAUGGUUGGUUGUCAUUGUUGAGGUUGAUGAUGUUGAUAGCUUUGUCAUGAAUGCGGUGCAGUCUCUUCCAGGUUGGAGAGUCAACAAGUUUGGGGGGGUUGUUGAAGCUGUGAGGGUAUCUGUGAUGCAUGAAGUCUGCCCAAAGAGAGUUAUUGUUCAGAUAACUCCACCACAUUUUGAGACCAUAAGCCAUCUGUAAGGUUUCAAUAUGGGUAAUAUUCAGUCCCCCUUCCUCUUUGGGUCUGCAGAUGUCUUUCCAAGAGCUCCAAUGAUAGUUUAGGUGCUCAUCUUUGGAUCCCCAAAGGAAAUUACUCAUUUUCUGCUGCAAGCAGUUGAUGAUACUUUUGGGUAGGUUAGUAGAUCCAAGGGUGUGGAGGGGGAUGGCACUAAGAACAUGUUUGAUGAGAACUAGCCUUCCACUUUGGGAUAACAUUUUCUUAGUCCAUCCCUGUAAUUUCUUGUCGAAAUGAUUGAGCAGAUCAUUGCAGCAGUUCUUUCUAUUUAUACCUCUGUGAAUUUGAGUGCCCAGGUAUUUGAAGGGGAAUUGACCUCUUUGCAUGUUGAGAAUUUUCCCCAUUUUUAUAGCAUGAAUUGUUGGAGUUUUGUCAGGGGUAUAGAAAGAGCUUUUGUGGAGGUUUAUUUUCUGUCCAGUAGCUCUUUCAUAAUCCUUCAGAAAGUUUGAGAAUUUGGCAAGGGGCAUUUUGUUCCUGGUUUAUGGUUGGAGAAGAGGGACUUUCUGGACCUUCAGAUGUUUGAGAUAUCCAGCAUGAUUGCUUGUAAGAGUUCACUUUCUGAAGGUUGUUUGCAUCAGUAGAGGGCUGGUUGAACUUGGGAGUUG